AUGAUGGCCGGUCCGGGGCGAUUGUUAUGCGCAACCGCGCUUGCCACGCUGGGGCUGACCGGCGCGGCGUCGGCGACGGCAAGCGUCGCCUGCACCGGUGUCGACGAUCCCGGAACGUCCGUUCUGCUGACGCUUGGACGUGUGCCGGUGCUGGCUGUGGUCAAUGCGGUUAUCGAAGCGGACGGCACGGUCUAUGCGACCAAUCCGCCGGAGGGCGAGGAUGCCGAAACGAUCCUGUUCGGGCAGGGCUAUACGAGUUCCGAGCGCCUUUGGGCGGAUUUCACCGAUCCCAAUGUCGAGGAGAUCCUGAUCACGCUGCGUCUCGAGCGCGCGUUCGAGGACAAGGCCGGCGCGGAAGCCGGAAUUUUGCGGAUCGCCGGACAGGGCGCCUAUGCGGUGACCUGCGAAACCGGCUGCGCGCCGCUUUUUUCCUACACGCACCCGAUGAGCAAACGUUCGGCCAUCUAUGCGGGCUCCUUCGACCCGUUGACCAACGGGCACCUGUCCGUGCUGCGGGCCGGUCUCGCGCUGUUCGACCGCGUGACGGUCGCCAUCGGCACCCAUGCCGGCAAGAAAGGCCUGUUCGCUUUCGAUGAGCGCGAAAGCCUGAUCCGCGCCGCGCUGGACGAGGCGGGCCUUGCCGGCGACCGGGUGUCGGUAACCGCGUUCGACGGGCUGGUGGUCGAUGCGGCGCGCGCGGCGGGCGCGGUCGCCAUGCUGCGCGGCCUGCGCGAUUCCACCGAUUAUGCCUAUGAGAUGCAGAUGGCCGGCAUGAACACGGCCAUGGCGCCGGACAUCGAGACCGUGUUCGUGCCCGCGGCGGCCGAAACCCGUCCCAUCGCGGCCACAUUGGUGCGCCAGAUCGCGGCCAUGGGCGGCGAUGUGUCGCCCUUCGUUCCCGGCCCGGUGGAAAAGGCGCUCAAGGCCGAUCCAUCGGACACGAUGGUCAUCACGCUCAAGGACGGCGAGGUGCGCGUCGCGCUCAGGCCCGAUCUGGCGCCGAAGCAUGUCGAACAGAUCAAGACGCUGGUGCGCCAGGGCGCCUACGACAAUGUCGCCUUUCACCGCGUCAUCGACGGCUUCAUGGCGCAGACCGGCGACGUCCAGUUCGGCGACAUGGAAGACGGGUUCAGCCUGCGCCGCGCCGGCACCGGCGGCUCCGACCUGCCGGACCUUCCGGCCGAGUUCUCGGGCGAGCCCUUCAUGCGCGGCGUCGUCGGCAUGGCGCGCUCGCAGAGCCCGAACUCGGCCAAUUCCCAGUUCUUCAUCAUGUUCGACGAGGGCCGUUUUCUCGACGGCCAGUACACGGUCGUCGGCAGCGUCGUCAGCGGCAUGGAAUAUGUCGACAACAUCACGCGCGGCUCGCAGGCGCAGAACGGCGCCGUCGCCGACCCCGACCGCAUGAUCAAGGACCCCGAGAACACGCUCGUCAUGGAAACCACCAAGGGCGAAGUCGUGAUCGAGAUGAAGCCCGAUCUGGCCCCCGGCCAUGUCGCGCGCAUCAAGGAACUGGCGCGCGCGGGCGACUAUGACGGCGUGGUCUUCCACCGCGUCAUUGACGGCUUCAUGGCGCAGACCGGCGAUGUGCGUUUCGGCAAGAAGGGCGGCGCCCAUUUCGAUCCCGGCCGCGCCGGCAUGGGCGGCUCGUCCAAGCCCGAUCUCAAGGCCGAAUUCUCCGGCGCCAACCAUGGCCGCGGCACCUGCUCGAUGGCCCGCGCCCAAAACCCCAAUUCGGCGAACUCGCAAUUCUUCAUCUGUUUCGAGGACGCCUCGUUCCUCGACAAUCAGUACACGGUCUGGGGCGAGGUGAUCGAAGGCAUGGACAAUGUCGACCAGAUCAAGCGCGGCGAGCCGGUGCAGGAUCCUGAUUCGAUCGUCUCGAUGAAGGAGCGGAUCGCGCUGCGCCCGGCCGAGCCGCGCGAUGCGGCGCGCAUGCUUGUGGUGCGCGAUACCGGCCUGACCGACGCGGGCGUCAUGGACCUGCCGUCCUUCCUGUCGGCGGGCGACCUGAUGGUGUUCAACGACACGCGCGUCAUCCCGGCCCAGCUCGAAGGGACCCGCGAGCGUGACGGCCAGAUCGCGUCCGUAGGCGCGACGCUGCACAUGCGCGAGGGCCCCGACCGGUGGAAGGCGUUCGUGCGCGGCGCCAAGAAGCUGCGUGUGGGCGACCGCAUCCGGUUCGGCGAAACGGGAGAUGCCUGCCUCGCCGGCGUGCUCGACGCGACGGUCGCCGAAAAGGCCGAGGGCGGCGAGGUGACGCUCACCUUCGAUCUUGCCGGGCCCGACCUUGACGCGGCGAUCGCCCUGGCCGGCCAUAUCCCGCUGCCGCCCUAUAUCGCGUCCAAACGCGCCGACGACGAACGCGACCGCACCGAUUAUCAGACCGUCUAUGCCCGCGAGGACGGCGCGGUGGCCGCGCCCACGGCGGGUUUGCAUUUCACCGACCGGCUGUUUGCGAAACUCGACAAGGCCGGCGUCAACCGGGCGUUCGUCACGCUCCAUGUGGGCGCCGGCACCUUCCUGCCCGUCAAGGCCAAGGACACGGACGACCACAAGAUGCAUGCCGAGAUCGGCCACGUGUCCGACGAGACGGCGGCCCUGAUCAACCAAACGCGGGCGCGUGGCGGGCGGAUCGUCUCGGUCGGCACGACAUCGCUGCGCCUUCUUGAAAGCGCGGCGGACGAAGACGGCAACGUCCGUCCUUUUGCCGGGGCGACCGACAUUUUCAUCACGCCGGGCUACCGGUUCCGGGCCGUCGACGUGCUGAUGACCAAUUUCCACCUGCCGCGCUCGACGCUGAUGAUGCUGGUCUCGGCCUUUGCCGGCAUGGAGCCGAUGCGGGCCGCCUAUGCCCAUGCCAUCGAAACGGGCUAUCGGUUCUAUUCCUAUGGCGAUUCGAGCCUUCUUUUCCGGAACGAUGGCGUCAAGGGCGCCGGCGCCGACAUCAUCUUGGGCAACACCUAUCACCUGAUGCUGCGGCCCGGCGCCGAGCGGAUCGACCGUCUGGGCGGCCUGCACGGGUUCAUCGGCUGGGACGGGCCGAUCCUGACCGAUUCGGGCGGCUUUCAGGUGAUGAGCCUGUCGGCGCUGCGGCAGAUGAGCGAGAAGGGCGUCACCUUCAAGAGCCAUGUCGAUGGCGCGAUCCACGAGAUGAGCCCGGAACGCUCGAUCGAAAUCCAGGGGCUGCUCGGUUCGGACAUCCAGAUGCAGCUCGACGAAUGCGUCGCGCUGCCGACCGAUGCCGAGACGAUGAAGGCGGCGAUGGAACUGUCGCUACGCUGGGCCGAGCGCUGCCAGGUUGCGUUCGGCGAACAGCCGGGCAAGGCGAUGUUCGGCAUCGUGCAGGGUGGCGAUGACGAAAAACUGCGCGUCCAGUCCACCGAAGCGCUCAAGGCGAUGGAUUUGAAGGGUUAUUCCAUCGGCGGACUGGCGGUCGGCGAACCGCAGGAGGUCAUGCUGGCCAUGCUCGAUGUGGUCUGCCCCAUCCUGCCGGCGCACAAGCCGCGCUAUCUGAUGGGCGUCGGCACGCCGCAGGAUCUGUUGCGGUCGGUGGCGCGCGGGGUCGACAUGUUCGACUGCGUGAUGCCGACCCGUUCGGGCCGGCACGGUCUGGCCUUCACCCGGCGCGGGCGCGUCAACCUGAAGAAUGCCCGCCACGCCGAGGAUCACCGGCCGCUCGACGAUGAGAUGGACUGUCCGGCCUCGCGGACCUAUUCGCGCGCCUAUCUGCAUCAUCUGAUCCGCUCGGAUGCGUAG